UGGUCUUUGUUUUGAUUGUGUGAAAGUCACUUUCACAUUGAAUUGAUUGUCGUUUCCUUAAUUGUUUCGUGUGUUUUUAACUCUCUAAAUUGUGCAAUUAUGGCCUUAAUUAGUAAAUUAAGCUCGUUCAUUGCUCCAACCUUGACUCGAGCUCGUUUGGUCAAUCUAAAUAUUAAAAGAAUGAGUCAUGGACGUAACAUGAACGUUGAAGGUUCUAAUUAUGCUCUUAAAAAGUCAUUGGAUUUAAUUCAUUUUUAUUUUUCGAUUGGAUUAAUUACUAGUAUACCGGUGAUCAUCUGGGUCAAUUUAACUCAUGCUCCAGCUGAAUUAGCUGAUAUACCGGAAGGAUAUGAGCCAGAACAUUGGGAAUAUGAUAAACAUCCAAUAAGAAGAUUCCUGGCUAAGCAUGUUUUCGGUGAUCCAAGGAUAAUGUAUGAGCAACAAUUGGCUACGGAGUAUUUGGAAAGAGAGCAAGAGUUUAUCAUGAGGUUAAAAAAUCGAGUUGAAAGUGUUAUGUCAAAGAAACAAGAUUCUGCUUCCUGGUUCUAUGCACCAAUCGAUAAUGCCCCAUCUAGAAUAAUGAUUGAUGAUCAAAUUAGAGAUGAAGCUGCAGGUAUUGUUCAAAUAGCACCCAUGGGUUAUCAUCUUGAAGGUCCUGAUCCACCAGCUGAUUUCCAAGGAAUCCAAGAAUCCAAAAGAACCUUCAUAAAUUAAUUAGAAAGAUAUUUGUCAAAUUACCUGAAGAAGAUGAAAAAACAACUACAAUUUAUCCAGAGACCGAACAUAUUAAUCAACUUGUAAUUGGCAAGACUAAGUAGCAAUUAAAUUAAAUAUGUACAGUAA